AUGCGCGUCCUCAUCAGCGGAGCAGGUAUCGCUGGCCCUACGCUGGCUUGGUUCCUGGCCAGAACCGGUGCGCGCGUCACAGUGCUUGAGAAGAGCAAUUCGAUUCCCACGUACGGCCACAAUGUCGACGUCAACCACAGCGCCAUCGUUAUCCUAAAGAAGAUGGGCCUCAUUGAACAGCUACGGCGGUUCAACACGACGGAAAUAGGGACACGGUUCAUCGAUCCGAACGGACGUCCCUUUGCCCCCUUCCCCGUCAAGGAGGGCUCUUCCGCAAGCCCUACCUCUGAAUUUGAGAUUCUUAGAGGGGAUCUAGCUGCAGUGCUGUAUGAAGCUACCAAAACCCACCCCAACAUUGAGUACCUCUUCGGCACCACCUGCGCAAAAGUCCUAUCCAACGACGAAGCCUCCGUCAAAGUCGAGCUAAGCAGCGGAGAGGUGCAAGAAUUCGACCUCUUGGUCGCGGCAGACGGCCAGUGGUCCAAAGUGCGCAAGCAGGUAUUCCCCCAGGAGAGCAUCACGGUCAUCGACAAGAACAUGUACGCCGUUUAUUCCGCCAUCCCACGUCUCCCCGACGACAACGACUGGUGGAACGUCUACCAGGCCCUGGGGUCGAGAAUCAUCACCACCCGGCCCGAUCCGCACGGCACCAUACGGGCCAUGUUCACGCACAUGCCCCGCGACGGCGCUCAGAAGACGGCGUGGCAGGAGGCGUCGCGCGGGGGUAAUAAGAAGCUCCAGAAGGAGCUCGUGCGACGGGAAUUUUUGGACGCCGGGUGGCAGUCAACCCGGAUCAUGGAUGCCAUGUUGCAGGCGGAGGACUACUACUUCCAGGACGUGAAGCAAAUCCGGAUGGACAAGUGGUCCAGCGCCCGCGUCAUCUGCCUGGGCGACGCGGCCUAUGCGCCGACGCAGCUUACGGGCAUGGGGACCACGCUGGCCAUCAUCGGAGGUUACAUGCUUGCUGGCGAGCUCUCCAAGCUUGAACCGGGAGAGCAUCCCUCCAGAGCGCUCGAGGCGUACGAGGCGGCAUUUCGCCCCUACGUCGUGCAGACGCAGAACGUCCCGUGGUUCUUCCCGGGAGUCGCGCAUCCCGUCACAGCCUGGCAGAGGUGGUUGUUUGGAACGGUUGUGUCGACGGUCUCAAGAGUCCUCGCGAUACCUUGGGUGGCUAAUAGGUUCUUUGAUGAUACAAACAAGGACGAUUCAGAGUUUCCACUGCCGGUAUACUCUAGUCUGGCUGACGAGAAACUGAAAUGA